AAAAAUCAAAAUGAAACUUCUGGCUAUUUUCUCAACUGUUUUAUUAGCAGUCGCUGCUUCUACCAAUGAAGAUCAAUGGAUUGCUUUCAAGCAAACUCAUGGAAAAACUUACAAAAGCUUGUUGGAAGAAAGAACAAGAUUCGGAAUAUUCCAAAAUAACCUGAAGAAAAUCAAAGAACACAAUGCCAGGUACGACAAAGGAGAAGAGACCUACUUCUUGGGAGUCACUCGUUUUGCUGAUUUGACCCCUGAAGAGUUCGGAGAUUUCCUGAGGAGACAAAUCAAGAACAAACCUCGUUUACAUGCCACACCUACCGUAUUUCCAGAAGAUCUGGAAGUUCCAGAUUCCAUAGAUUGGACCGAGAAAGGAGCAGUUUUGGAUAUUAAAAAUCAACUAGAUUGUGGUUCUUGCUGGGCUUUCAGUACUACCGGAGCUUUGGAGGGACAAAAUGCCAUUCUGAACAAUGUGAAGAUAGCUUUGAGCGAACAGCAGUUACUCGAUUGUUCUUAUACGUAUGGCAAUGGUGACUGUGAAGAAGGAGGUCAAAUGUCAAACGCAUUCGAAUAUGUCACAGACUACGGAAUAGAAGCAGAGGAGUCUUAUCCGUACAAAGGCAAAGACACCGAGUGCCAGUACAAUGCCAGCAAAACAAUUUUGAAAAUUAAAGGAUACAAAAAUGUGAACGCAUCUGAGGAGGAACUCAGAAAAGCCGUUGGAACCAUCGGUCCGAUAUCGAUUGCCAUGCAUGCUAAUCCGUUUCAACUUUAUAUUGGAGGAAUAUACAAAGGACAAGGCUGUACACAUGAACUGAAUCAUGGUGUACUUGUGGUAGGUUACGGAGAAGUAUAUAAGUCGUCUGGUAAAACCAAGUUCUGGAGAGUCAAAAACUCAUGGGGAAGUGACUGGGGAGAAAACGGGUACUUCAGGAUCAAAAGAGAUGCUAACAAUUUAUGUGGUAUUGCCGAUGACCCCAGUUACCCAGUUCUAUACUAGGGAUCAUAAGGUCAUCAUUUGUCAUCAAAAAACUUGCUUCAUUCGAAAUUUUCAUCAACAAAUUAUGAUAUGUAACUGAAAAAUAAAUACAUAGAAGAACGAAAA